UUAGUUUGUUUCAUUCUUCUUCGUCUAUGAAAAUUUCUUCUGGUACCAAUUUCAUCUUCUCUGGCUCCGUUUUUGUAUUUUGAAAUCGAAUCAGUGAAACGAGCCGUUAAGAAUUUGAAAGUAGCAGUUGUUUUUUUUUUUUUGUUUGGUUUCCAUUUUAGUGAAAAUUGAUCAAAUGGUAGCAGUGAAGUCGUUGGAGAAGUUGUGGCGGUAUACGAACUCUCGUAAACUUGUUCCAAUGACGUCCAAUUUGGAUCAACCUUUUGGUUUUGCUAGUCGUGCAAUCGAUGGAGUUGAUAUCCAGAACAGGUUAUCCUCUAAUUAUGGAGGUUGCCACCCAGAAGAGAAUGGGUCUCCUUCGUUCAACAUUAACAAGGAGGCAGCCAUUUGGAGAAGGCAAAAACAGAAUACGAUCCUGGUGAAUGGUAAACAUGGAAGCCCGAGUUGGAAAAGUAUGGUGCUAAGGAAUUCUUGUUAUUCCCAAUAUUUGUCAAGUCAUCAGUAUAGCUCCCAUUGUGAUGAUAAAUCUACAAGGGGUUUAGUGAAUAAGCUUUUAGAAAGGAUCCCAGAAUAUGUGAAGAUAGUUGAAGUUGGUCCGAGAGAUGGAUUACAGAAUGAGAAGGAUAUUGUCCCUACCCCUAUAAAAAUUGAACUGAUAAAGCUGCUAGUUUCCUCGGGCCUGCCUGUUGUUGAGGCUACAAGCUUUGUCUCACCAAAAUGGGUACCUCAGCUAGCUGAUGCAAAGGAUGUGAUGGAAGCAAUUCAUAAGGUCAAAGGUGCUAGAUUCCCAGUGUUGACUCCUAAUAUUAAAGGUUUCGAAGCGGCUGUUGCAGCUGGAGCCAAGGAAGUUGCUGUGUUUGCUUCAGCUUCUGAGUCAUUUUCUAAGUCUAAUAUUAACUGUAGUAUUGAAGAUAGUCUUGCUCGUUAUCGUGAUGUGACUUUUGCUACUAGAAAUCUCUCAAUUCCUGUUCGUGGAUAUAUAUCAUGUGUUGUGGGGUGUCCUGUGGAAGGGAUGGUACCACCAUCAAAAGUGGCAUAUGUAGCUAAGCAGCUUUAUGAUAUGGGUUGCUCUGAAAUUUCUCUUGGAGAUACAAUUGGAGUUGGUACUCCAGGUACUGUCAUUCCAAUGCUUGAAGCCGUUCUUGAUGUCAUCCCAAUUGACAAUCUAGCUGUGCAUUUUCAUGAUACAUAUGGGCAGGCUCUUUCAAAUAUUGUAGCAUCACUACAAAUGGGAAUCAGCAUAGUGGAUUCAUCAGUUUCUGGCCUUGGAGGGUGCCCAUAUGCUAAGGGUGCUUCCGGGAAUGUUGCCACUGAAGAUGUUGUAUACAUGCUUAAUGGGCUUGGAGUUAAAACAAAUGUGGAUCUUAAGAAACUUAUGAUAGCUGGUGAUUUUAUCUGCAAGCAUUUGGGACGCCAGUCUGGGUCAAAGACAGCUGUUGCCUUGAGUAGAGUUACAGGUCAUGCAUGCAGACUUUAAGAAUCUGGUGAUAGAUUUCACUGAUUAGCUGUGGGGCAUAGUGAUAGUAGCAAAUUAGUCAUGUCCCUACUCUGAGGAAAAGAUCCAAGUUCAAAUCCUUCCACCACCAGCUAUUGUAACAAAAACCAUUCAUUCUAACCUUGUCAGAAAGAAGGUCUGCGAGGGCGGAAGAAAAAUCAUAUCUAGUAUUGUGUCCUGAAUCUUCAUAUCAAGGAUCACUUUUUUUCAUGACACUGUAGGAGUGAUUUUAAGUACACUUACCUUUCUGCUGGUAAUAGGUUUGUAUAACAAAUGAAGUGGGCUUAUUUGAUUGUGAGGACAACAAAUUUUAAGUUAUCAUGUCUCACUAUGAUCUAUUGCCGAUAACAUGUACCCAAGUUUGUGCCUUCACGUAGGAAAAAUUCAGCAGAAUCUAUAUCAUGUAAUAUAUUGAAGGGUGAGAAUAACUGCCGAAUUGGUUAUUCUCAUCUUAAUGGUAAUGGCUCAUUAUCUGAUAAUGUACUGGUGGCUCGAAUUUAA